AUGCGCUGGGCCAGCCUUAUUUCCGUGCUCCUGCUCGCCGGUGCGGCGGAUGCUACGGUUAGGAGAGUAGCACAUGCAGGGAAACACCAUAUUGAGCAUGAGCACGCCGCGAAAAGAGCGAGAGCCGCGGCCGCGGCCAGUCACCACCACCAAGUGGUUGGUCGCCAGGCCAGUGCUCACAAGUUUCUCAACGCCAACACCACGCGGUUUGCUGUGAAUGGGACCGCCAUCCCCGAGGUCGAUUUCGACGUGGGCGAGUCGUACGCCGGGCUGCUGCCCAUCAGCAGCGACCCUCACGAGGAGAGCAACCUGUUCUUCUGGUUCUUCCCCUCCACCAACCCGGCGGCGGACAAAGAGAUCCUCAUCUGGCUGAACGGCGGCCCAGGGUGCUCGUCCUUUGAGGGUUUGUUGCAGGAGAAUGGACCCUUUCUGUGGCAAUAUGGCACCUACAAGCCGGUGAAGAACCCUUGGAGCUGGCACACCCUGACAAACAUCGUCUACGUCGAGCAGCCCGUCGGCACGGGCUUCUCGAUCGGCAAGGUGACCAUCACGAAUGACGACGAGCUGGCGGCCCAGUUCAUGGGCUUCUGGAAGAACUUCGUCGACACCUUUGGCAUGCACGGUUACAAGGUCUACAUCGCGGGAGAGUCCUACGCCGGCCUGUACUGCCCGUACAUCGCCAGCGCUUUCCUGGACGCCGAGGACAAGACAUACUACGACAUGUCGGGCCUGACCAUUUACGACCCGGUCCUCACCUGGGACGAGGUUCAGGAGCCAAUCCCGGCAGUGCAGUUCACCGAGUACUGGGCCGGGCUCUUCCCCUUCAACGACACCUUCCGCGCCGACCUCAAGCGCCGCGAGAAGGAGUGCGGCUACGCCGACUUCAUGGCCGAGUACCUCGUCUACCCGCCCAAGGGCCACAUCCCCUCGCGCCUGCCGGGCACGUACGAGAACGGCACGACGCGGCCCGAGUGCGCGGCCAUCUACGACGACAUUUACGAAGCCAUCAACCUGCUCAACCCGUGCUUUGACAUCUACCAAGUCGCCACGACCUGCCCGUUGCUGUGGGACGUGCUGGGCUUCCCGGGGUCGACCGCGUACGACCCGUCGGGCAGCCCGCUCAUCUACUUCGACCGGCCGGACGUCAAGGCAGCCAUCCACGCGCCCGCCAACGUGACGUGGGAGGAGUGCUCGUCGGGCAACGUGUACGUCAACGGGACGGACAACUCCCUGCCGCCGAUAUUCUUGGCCCUGCCGCACGUGAUCGACAAGACGCGCAACGUGAUCGUGGGCCACGGCGCGCUGGACAUGAUCCUGCUGGCCAACGGCACGCUGCUGGCGCUGCAGAACAUGACGUGGGGCGGGCGGACGGGCUUCUCGCGCCGGCCGGACGAGCCCUUCUACGUGCCGCAGAGCAACCUCAGCACGGAGGCGACGCUGGCCGCCGGCGGCGCCGUCUUCGGCAGCCUCGUCUCGGAGCGCGGCCUGACCUACGUCGGCGUCGACCUGUCCGGCCACAUGAUACCGCAGUACGCGCCCUCGGCCGCCUUCCGCCACCUCGAGUACAUGCUGGGCCGCGUCGACUGCAUGAACUGCACCGUGCCCUUCACCACCGACGUGGGCAGCACCCCGCAGAGCACGCAGCCCAUGGGCAAGGGCACCGCGCCGCAGGGGUGGACGAGGGGGAAGCAAGAUAUCGUCAAUUGA